CCCGCAUCCAUUCACUACGCAUGCGUAAUACUACGUACAUAAAAACCUUAUCCAGCACUUGAAAGUCGAGUAUAUUGCCAGAGGUGCCACUUGUAAUGUUGGGGCCCUGCAUAAAUCAGGCUUUUGCCUGAAUUUCUGAGUUUAGCAAGAGUUUUUGUUAGAAGUCAGUUAUGUAACGUCAUUUUAUGCCUUGAUAUGUGAGGAAUAUACGACGACUUAAACGAAUGUUCUAUGAAUUAGUCAUGACAAAGUUGCUGAAGACUCCCUUAUAACUUGGGUUUGAGUUGUAGGCCUAUAUGGUGACUGUGAUUUUAUUUUAUUUUAUGUUAUAUCACUGCUUUCUACAGAUGUUUAAUUAGCUCUUGUAUACAGUUAUAGUUGAUGAAACACUAAUAACUUUUUUAGUAAUAAAUACCUUUUGCCUUUAUGCUGCAGAUGGGGAGUCAUCUUAUUCCCAGGGUUAAUUUACCUGCCUCUGCCUAACUAAUGAAAAGUUUAAUUUCUCUCUGUUAAAUUGUCUCAUGUCUUGUUUGAUGUAAUCUAUUACAGGCGAAAGGACUGUAUUGAUCCCUUAAGAAAGAAUCACUUCUCAGCUAUCUUUUUGUUUCCUAACAGGUCAAAGUCUAUCGCUCAUAAACUGUAACUAAGGAUCUAAACUAACAAGCAGAUCAUAAAAAUGGUGUUUGUAUUUUCUAGCUACUGAUAAAUAGCGAUAGCUUCAAGAACAGUCACUACACUUUAGGGAUAGCCCAGGUUGUCAGACAAAUUAAGAACAAAGUGCUCAGGUAGUGCUCCUGGGAAUACAAACCAAAGACGAUCUCUUGGAAAUUCUGCUGAGGUAAAAGAAUGGGUGGUUGGGCCAAGUUGAAGUCCUCCGCCUGGGCUUAUCCCACCGCAGUCCUGUCACUCUAUGGGUUUUUUGCUAACUGCAGAGUAGCAGAGCCCUUCCUAACACCAUACCUUAUUGGACCACACAAGAACAUCUCUGGAGAAGUGGUGACCAACUACCUGUUUCCUAUCUGGACCUACUCCUACCUCGCCUUCUUGUUUCCCGUCUUCCUUCUGACUGACUUUUUAAGGCAUAAGCCCCUCAUUAUGGUACAGGGGCUCUUCCUGGUCACCAACUACAUCCUGCUCAGCUUUGCCCCGGGUCUGCCUGCUAUGAUCUUCCUUCAGGUCAACUAUGCUGUGGUGACUUCCACAGAGGUGGCCUACUUUUCCUACAUUUACAGUGUGAUUCCAGUUGAGAAUUACCAAAGAGCCACUGGCUACCUGCGCAGCGCCAUGCUGGCUGGAUAUACAAUUGGUGCCAGCCUGGGCCAAGUGCUCGUCUCCCUUGCAGGAGUAGACUACUUCUACAUCAAUGCUAUCACCCUGGGGAUUGUAAGCCUGGCUUUUCUCAUCUCCUUCUGGUUGCCCAUGCCCCAAAGGAGCCUCUUCUUCAAAGGGAAAAAGGCAGCAGCUGUGGUCUCGCAGUCCCAACAGGAUGGGCCGCUGGGAGAGGAUGGGUCUGAGGAAGCGGUGAUGGAUAAGGUUGACGCUGGCUCAGGCAGGGAGAAGAUGGAGCACAAUGGCAAUGCUUGCUGGUGCAGCUGGGAAAAUGUGGUCACUGCGGGCCAUCUACUUUGGCAAAGCUUCAGGGAGUCAUAUUCUUCCAGACAUUUAAUAUACUGGUCCCUGUGGUGGGCUCUGGCUACAGCUGGCUACGUGCAGGUUUUCAACUACACCCAGCUGAUGUGGGACCAUAUAGAACCAUCUGCCACAUCAUCCAUCUACAAUGGAGGUGUAGAGGCUGCUUGUUCUCUUGUGGGUGCUGCAGCGGCGUUCUCUGUGGGCCACAUCAGGGUGACCUGGGCUGUAUGGGGAGAGCUGGCAUUAGGGUUGUUCUCAGCCGUAGGGUCUGGUGCAGUGUUUCUGAUGGCGCUCACCAGCAGUAUCUGGGCAUGCUAUGCUGGUUAUGUCAUAUUCAAGUCCUGCUACAUGUUUCUCAUCACCAUCACAACAUUUCAGAUCGCAUCCAACCUCUCUAUGGAGUGCUAUGCUUUGACAUUCGGGAUCAACACUUUUGUAGCCCUCUCGCUGCAGACCAUCAUCACAGGCAUUGUGGUUGAUGAAGCUGCACUGGGACUGGACAUUGUGACGCAGUUCAUCGUGUACGGCAGCUACUACGCUGUCAUCUCGGUGCUGUUUCUGACCCGAGGGACCUACACCGCCUGUUUAAAUCAACACAAUCCUGAGCACACAAAAACCAAGGAGCAAGAGUCCGGAGUGGAGGUGAUCUCGGCUGAACGUUUCUGA